UGACCUAAGAAAACAAAAUCAAAGCGCCAAAAUACUUCAAGCAUUUCCUCAUUUGUUUGUAGAACAUGGAUAUCAGUUGCUGGAUACAGAUUAUCGUCUACUUGGGUUCAAAAAUCCUUUAGGAGGCCUAAAUAAAUGGAAUGAUAUCAUCGACCCUAUUGGUUGUUACCUUUCCAAACACGCCAAAGAUCCAUCUGCAAAGUCAAUUCUUCGAACGAUUAAAGAUACUAAUCUCGCCGCAGGUAAAUCAAAUAUAUUCUAGCAAACAAUUUUAUAUUACAAAUUGCUAUUUUAAAUUAGAUCUACGCAUACCGGCUGUACUGCUUGGGCUGAACACCGUGCUUGCACCCGUAAAAGCAUCUUCCGGUUUCAAGCCUACUAUUGCGACUGCUCAAGACGAUACCGUUUUGUUUUGUAAAACAAUUGACGACGCAGAACAGGUUUUGACUAAACUAAGGGUGCAAUGGAGUGAACAAGGAUUACCGGAAUCAGCCAAGCUUAUCAUUUUUGGAGCAGACUACAGUAAUGUAUCAGGAAACUGUCUGGUGACAUACAGGGACUUGCGAUACAACCUACCGAACAUAGCUAGAGGCAUAGAUGUGCUUGUCAAACUUACUGUUGUUCUUGGUAUACCAAUUUCAAAGAUCUCGAAGUUAGUUUGGCUUUUCGUGCAAAAAUAUGUGUACGAAAUAGAUUGCGCGAAUACAUAUGUUUGUAUUACUAAGCUGUCUGCAUAUUUGAAUACAUUUCUACCAUGCUCAUCAAAUGCUGUAUCGAAGACUGUGGCAUCCAGUUCGACGCUGCCGACAAGCUAUUGACACACCUUGCAGUUGAUCACCGAACACCUACUAACUACCGAUAUCCGUGCAGUUAUCCUAAAUGCUUCCAAGUGUUUAGUAAAUUAUAUAACUUUAAGCGUCAUUUGAAAAACCAUGUAUUUCCACAAAACGAUACUAAAACUGUACCUAGUAAUGAAGAUAUAAGCAUCACACCGUUGGUUGAAAGUGAACCGAUGAAAAAAGUACAAAAAAAAGAGUUUCGUGAACCGGAUAAGGAGCCAGGAACAAAUAUCACUGACAAAUUAAACAUAAUUCAUAAAUCUGCUACCGAAUUCACUUUAAGUUUGCAUAAUAAAAAAAACUUUUCAAGACAAGACGUCCAAUACGUACAACAAGAAACUCAAAAGUUUUGCAGUAGCAUUGCAAACCAAAUCGAAAGCCUAGAUGUCAACACAAAUAACCCCGAAAUUCAACAUCAAUUAACAGCGUGUAUUUCUAGUAUGAAAACUGCAUUCAAUUUCAUUGGAAGUGAUUAUAAACUAUUCGAACACCUUAAUAGAAUAGGGCUAUUCAAAUAUCCAUCAGUAAUUACUUUGACAAACGAUAACUGCAUUAUCUCGGAAGAUUUUCAAAUAGAAAAUUACGAUAGAAAAUCCUGCUUAGUUUUAAAUGAUGUCGAAUUCCAAAUUAAAUCAUUCUUUGAGCAGCAUUCUAUAUUGACAGAGAUGAUCGACAAUGUUAAGAAGCUGGAGAAUUCUAAUAGCAUAAACCAUUUCAUCAAUGGUAAAGUUUGGCAAACAAUUAAACAAAAAUACGCACAUGACAAGGACUUCAAUUAUGUAAUACCUGUUUGGCUAUAUGCAGAUGAAUUUGAAAUCAACGACACACAAAGCUCCCAUCAUAAGGUCGAUUCCAUUUGUGGCAUUUACUACAAUUUUCCAACGUUGCCUGAAAAGUAUAGCUCUAAAAUUUGCAAUAUUUUCGUGGCUGGUUUUAUCCGGAAAGUCGUCAUGAAUAAAAUAGGCAUUAACAAAUUAGUCGAACAAUUGGUUAAAACUUUCAAAAAAAUCGAAGAAGAAGGAGUUCUUAUUCUCCAUCAGGGGGUGCAUAUCAAAGUAAGAUUUGUUUUAACGAUGGUCCAAGGAGAUAACCUUGGAAUCCAUACUCUACUCCUUUUGUCUGGUAGUUUUAAUGCAACGUUCUAUUGUCGAUUUUGCCGAAGAUCAAAACAGGAGCUUCAAAAAGAUUGUAAGGAGCACGAAGAGUUUCUAAGAAAUGUUCAAAAUUACACCAAUGACCUGAGAACGAUGGACAAGAGCCAUGGCCUUCAGAACGAGGAGCAAAGAGUGACGACGAUUGUGGUGAAGGACUACCGAGGGUCUGAUCCGAAGAAUUCGAGUAAGGACUACACUGUGUGA